GCCGCAGCCGACGCCGCGCUGGCCCUGAAGCCCGGCCCGGCGCGCACCGGUUGUCCCCGCAGCCUCGCCCCCUGCCCGCACCCACCAGCCCUAGAGCUGUCACGAUGCUGCCGCCCGCGCACUCCAGCCUGGGGCUGCUGCUGCUGCUCCUAUGUCCGGCGCACGUCGGCGGACUGUGGUGGGCGGUGGGCAGCCCCUUGGUCAUGGACCCUACCAGCAUCUGCAGGAAGGCACGGCGGCUGGCAGGGCGGCAGGCUGAGUUGUGCCAGGCAGAGCCAGAGGUGGUGGCUGAGCUAGCCCGGGGCGCUCGGCUGGGGGUUCGAGAAUGCCAGUUUCAAUUCCGUUUCCGCCGCUGGAACUGCUCCAGCCACAGCAAGGCCUUUGGGCGCAUCCUGCAGCAGGACAUCCGGGAGACAGCCUUCGUGUUUGCUAUAACCGCUGCGGGCGCCAGCCACGCGGUCACGCAGGCCUGCUCCAUGGGUGAACUGCUGCAGUGCGGCUGCCAGGCGCCCCGUGGCCGGGCCCCGCCCCGCCCCCCGGGCCUGCCAGGCACCCCUGGGCCCCCAGGCUCCACGAGCUCGCCCGAUGGCAGCGCCGCCUGGGAGUGGGGAGGCUGUGGCGACGAUGUGGACUUCGGGGAUGAGAAGUCGAGGCUCUUUAUGGACGCGCAGCACAAGCGGGGACGUGGUGACAUCCGUGCGUUGGUGCAACUUCACAACAACGAGGCAGGCAGGCUGGCUGUGCGGAGCCACACGAGGACCGAAUGCAAGUGCCACGGGUUGUCGGGCUCCUGCGCGCUGCGCACCUGCUGGCAGAAGCUACCCCCGUUCCGCGAGGUGGGCGCGCGGCUGCUCGAGCGCUUCCACGGCGCCUCGCGUGUCAUGGGCACCAACGACGGCAAAGCUCUCCUGCCCGCCGUCCGCACGCUCAAGCCGCCGGGCCGCGCUGACCUCCUCUACGCAGCCGACUCGCCCGACUUCUGUGCCCCCAACCGGCGCACCGGUUCACCGGGCACGCGCGGCCGCGCCUGCAACAGCAGUGCCCCCGACCUUAGCGGCUGCGACCUGCUGUGUUGCGGCCGUGGGCACCGCCAGGAGAGCGUGCAGCUCGAGGAGAACUGCCUGUGCCGCUUCCACUGGUGCUGUGUGGUGCAGUGCCACCGCUGCCGCGUGCGCAAGGAACUCAGCCUCUGCCUCUGACCCGCCACCGGCCUCCCCAAACUGCGCGCGGAGCCGCCUCUCGGCACCUGCCGGACCUCCGAGCUCCAGCAGGGGGCGUUGCUUGGCCCGCUUUCCCCCCGGAGAAAGUCCGUCUCCCAGGCCUCCUGGAAACUGAGGGGGAAGGCGGGGUGCUUGGACUUAACGCCCGCUCAGGAAGGCCCAGGGCCUCGGGGGGGCUCCGAGAGGCGCUCUGAGGGCCUCUGGGGAAGACUCUACAGACCUUUUCUCUCCUUGGCUCCCAGAUGGAAACCAAAGAGCCAGUUUCUGGGCCUCUGGAAGCAGGGCUCCCCAGAACUGCUGGCUAUGGGGUGGGUGGGUGAGUUUAGUAUCAAUAAAGAUAUUUAAACCAGUA